AGAGGAUGAGCAGCUGCGACGAUGCAAGGAAGGGUGCGGAUGUGAUGGAAGGGAAGAGAGGGAGGAGGUCGGAUUGCUAUAGAGGUACUUGGAAGAUCAACUGAUGUUUUCUUGGAUCUAUGUACGAUUGUGGGGAGGAGGAGGAAGAUCAUGGUGAUCGGGAUCUGCUGGAAAACCCGAUCUGGGUUCUGCUGGAGAAAAAAUGAGAAAAAAAAAAAGAGGAAGAAGGUGGGAAGGGUAAAUUUGUAAUUGUAUUUUUAAAAUUUUUUGGUUUUGUAAGAUGUGUUGAGUCGGGUGUUGAUUGAUGGUUCUCCGGUUCCCUUACCGUCCCCCUUACCAUUGAGCCUCAACCACGGUCGGAAAUAGAGCCAAAACGCUCGAGGAGAUCAUGAACAAAUCAGUCGACUUGGAACGGAUACCUGUAGAGGAAGUUUUGGAGCAGCUGAAAUGUACCAGGGCUGGACUGACUUCAGAGGAAGGAGCCCGUCGACUCCAAGUUUUUGGACCAAACAAACUAGAAGAGAAAAAGGCACGAGCUGGUAUUAAGGAGGUUCAUUUCCUUCCUUUCAACCCUGUAGACAAGAGAACUGCUCUUACUUACAUUGAUUCUAAUGGAAACUGGCAUCGGGCUAGCAAAGGUGCCCCCGAGCAGAUAUUGGACCUUUGCAACUCCAAGGGAGAUGUUCGGAAAAAGGUUCAUGCAGUAAUUGACAAGUUUGCUGAAUGUGGACUUCAAUCAUUAGCAGUGGCAAUACAGGAAAUACCUGAGAAGACAAAAGAUAGUUCAGGGGAACUAUGGCAGCUUCUUGGUUUGUUGCCUCUAUUUGAUCCUCCAAGGCAUGACAGUGCUGAAACCAUUAGAAUGGCUCAAGUCCUUGGCGUGGAUGUUAAGAUGAUUACUGGUGAUCAGCUUGCCAUAGCCAAAGAAACUGGGAGGAGGCUUGGAAUGGGAACGAACAUGUACCCUUCUUCCUCCUUGCUUUUUGAAGAUAAGGAUCCUUCAAUUGCUGCUGCUUUCCCUAUAAAUGAGUUCAUUGAGAUGGUAGAUGGAUUUGCUGGAGUAUUACCAGAACACAAAUAUGAAAUUGUUAAGAGGCUGCAAGAGAGGAAACAUAUCUGUGGUAUGACCGGAGAUGGUGAUGCUCCUGCUUUGAAGAAGGCUGAUAUUGGAAUUGCUGUUGCCAAUGCUUCAGAUGCUGCUAGAAGCGCAUCAGAUAUUGUCCUCACUGAACCAGGGCUUAGUGUCAUUAUAAGUGCGGUUCUAACAAGCAGGGCUAUUUACCAAAGGAUGAAGAACUACACAACCUAUGCUGUUGCUGCUACCAUCCAUAUUGUGUUUAGUUUCCUGAUUAUUGCCUUGGUGUGGAAGUUUGACUUUGCUCCUUUUAUGGUCUUAAUUAUUGCCAUCCUAAAUAACGGGACAAUCAUGACAAUAUCAAGAGACAGAGUGAAGCCAUCUCCACAGCCUGACAACUGGAAUCUGAGAGAGAUUUUCACUACUGGGAUUGUGCUCGGAGGAUACUUAGCAUACAUGACUCUAGUAUUUUUCUGGGCUAUAAGAUACACCAACUUCUUCUCUGACAAGUUUGAUGUAAUUCCUCUGCGCCACUUGUAUAGUCCUGAUGGCAUUGAUCAGUCAAUGAUGAUGGCAGCUUUAUACCUUCAAGUGAGUAUUGUGAGCCAGGCCCUCAUUUUCGUGACACGAUCCCAGAGCUGGUCCUAUGUUGAACGCCCCGGACUUCUGUUAGUCAUUGCUUUUAUACUCACUCAGCUGGUAGCAACACUGAUUGCAGUCUAUGCAAAUUGGGAUUUUGCUAAAAUGAAAGGUAUUGGCUGGAGAUGGGCUGGAGUGAUCUGGCUUUAUAGUGUUGUGACUUAUAUCCCUCUCGAUAUUCUCAAGUUUGCCAUUCAGUAUCUCCUUGGUCGUAGUGUGAGGGAUACACUCUUACGGGACAAGACCGCCUUCAAUACAAAAAACCUUUUCAGUGACAAGAACAGUUAUAGGGAACUCUCAGAGAUUGCAGAGGAGGCUAAAGACCGGGCUGAGGUUAUCAGGCCUAGGGAGCUUGCACUCACGGGGCAUGUUGAAUCAGUUGUUAUGCUGAAGAGACUUGACAUUGAUACAGCAGCCUUUGAUGCAUCCACAAUGGAGAAUUUUCUGCAAGAGUGGGACAAGGAGAAGCCGGUGAGAUACACUGCUGAGCAGCUGGAUGGCUUUACAAGAUAUUACUCAAAAAGGUUGGGGUCGGGAGGAUAUGGGGAUGUUUAUGAAGGGCAGUUUCCAAAUGGAGUCAAGAUUGCAGUGAAGUUGCUCAAGGAAAAAUAUGAGGGAGCAGCAAAAAGGCAGUUCAUGGCAGAGAUAGGCACAAUUGGAAGAACAUACCACAUUAAUUUGGUUAGACUUUAUGGUUUUUGCUAUGAUGGAAAUAUAAGCGCGCUUGUAUAUGAAUUCAUGGAAAAUGGAUCGCUUGAUAAUUACUUGUUUGGGAAGAAGGAGAUGAUUGAGUGGGAAAUAUUACAUGUAAUAGCGGUGGGGAUAGCCAAAGGAAUUGCUUAUUUGCAUCAAGACUGUCAACAGAGAAUUAUUCACUAUGAUAUAAAGCCAGCCAAUAUUCUACUUGAUGUGAACUUCCUCCCUAAAGUUUCAGAUUUUGGGCUUGCAAAGCUUUGCAACAGGGACAGUACUCAUGAUUCAGUUACCGGAUUCAAGGGAACCCUUGGUUACUCUGCCCCAGAGUUUUUUCUGAGAAAUCAUCCCAUAACUUACAAAUGUGAUGUGUAUAGUUUUGGAAUGUUGUUAUUUGAGAUAGUUGGGAUGAGGAAAAACAAGGUUAGUAGUUCCUCUGAAAGCUUAGAAUGGUUUCCGAAGGUUGUGUUGGAUAAGUACCAGAAGGGUGAAUUGGUUGAACUAAUAAAAAGUUAUGGGAUUAAAAAGGAGGAUAUGGAAAAGGCAGAGAGAAUGUCAUUAGUGGCAUUGUGGUGUGUUCAAGACUCGCCAGGAGCUAGGCCACCAAUGAGUGCCGUGGUGAAGAUGCUGGAAGGAGGAGUGGAGAUCAUGCCACCUCCUAAACCUACUCAUUUACUGUUCUCAUCGUUAGGGACAAAUGCAGUCAAGCCACCAAAUGCUGCCACUGGUUCGAGUUCCUCCUCAAGUGAAGAAUCCGCUUCUUAUUGGUAUAAAGAGACCACUUCAAGCAUGGCUAAGUAUGAAAUACAAGUGUUGGGGUUUAGAACCCAUGUUGGGAUUGGGGAUUCAACCCAGAUCAAGUCUGGGAUUGAGGAUUCAACCCAGAUCAACUCAUUUUUUCCUGCAGAUUCAUCGAGUCUUGGCGGCGAGAAGGGGAACAUUCACAGAGGGAUGAUGAUAGCGGUGACCGGGUUUCUGCCCAUGGAAGAUUUCGAUCUGAUGGUGGAAGUGGUGGGGGUCGAGGAAAAAGAGUGGUGUAUCUUAGCUUACCAAUCAGUUUUGCUUUGGACAGCGAGGUGGCAUGGCUAUCUUGCCUUGUCAACGAUGGGUGAGGAGGAAGGGGUUUGGUUGGCUUCGGGAGGAAUUGGGAAUUGUUUUGUCAAUCGUGGCUAAGGGGUGGCCGACGGUGGCGACAGCUCUUUUCUGGCGGGGGCUUGCGUUUCUCGGUGGGAUUGCUUGAAUCGGAUUUUUCGGUGAUUGGAUGGAAUUGAGAUUCUAAGGGGAUUAUACUUUCCAGAAAAAUCAGGAUUUGCUCCAUUUGAAUUUAGGUUAAAUGCUUAAUUUGGUCCCUUAACUUUAAGAAAUGAACAUUUUUGAU